UGUCCCCAUGGCCAGGAGCAAGGCCACCCUCCGCACAUGGCUGGGCUGCCCCGGGCUGCUGGGCUGCUUCUUGCUGGGCUUUCUUGCAGGAUGGUUUACAAAACCGACUGACAGAACCCCCGACUCCUCAGAUGUCUAUCCAAACGUGCGACAGAAACUUGUGGCUGAAAUGAAAGCAGAAAAUAUCAAGCAAUUCCUUCGCUCAUUUACCAAGCUGCCUCACCUUGCAGGAACUGAGCAGAAUCUUCUUCUUGCCAAGCAAAUUCAAGGCCAGUGGAAGGAAUUUGGAUUAGAUUCAGCAGAACUCAUUCAUUAUGAUGUGCUUCUUUCAUAUCCAAAUGAAACUCAACCAAACUACAUCUCAAUAGUCGAUGAUCAAGGGAAUGAGAUUUUCAAUACAUCAUUGUCUGAACCUCCUCCACAGGGGUAUGAAAAUGUUACUGAUAUACUUCCACCAUAUAAUGCUUUUUCAGCACAAGGAGUGCCAGAGGCAGAUCUGGUAUAUGUGAAUUAUGGUCGUACUGAAGAUUUUUUCAAGCUGGAACGCGACAUGGGAAUUAACUGUACAGGGAAGAUUGUCAUUGCCAGAUAUGGAAAGAUAUUCAGAGGAAACAAAGUUAAAAAUGCCAUAUUAGCAGGAGCCCAAGGGAUCAUACUUUAUUCAGAUCCUGCUGACUACUGUGCCCCAGGAGUAGAUGCUUAUCCAGGUGGCUGGAACCUUCCAGGUGGAGGAGUCCAGCGUGGGAAUGUGUUAAACCUAAAUGGAGCUGGGGACCCUCUGACACCAGGUUAUCCUGCAAAAGAGUACACUUUCAGGUAUAAAGUUAAUGAAGGUGUAGGGAUUCCCAAAAUCCCAGUUCAUCCUAUUGGAUAUCAUGAUGCAGAAGUAUUAUUGCGUGCAAUGGGAGGACCUGCAGCUCCAGACAGCAGCUGGAAGGGAACUCUCAAUGUGUCUUACAACGUAGGGCCAGGAUUUGCAGACAGCUUUGCUACAAGAAAAGUCAGAAUGCAUGUUCAUACAAACAAUAAAAUAACACGGAUUUAUAACACCAUUGGCAUCCUCAGAGGAGCUGUGGAACCAGACAGAUACAUUAUUUUAGGAGGUCACAGAGACUCUUGGGUGUUUGGUGGUAUUGAUCCAACUACAGGUGCAGCUGUUCUGCAGGAGAUUGUACGGAGUUUUGGUAAAAUGAAGCUGGAAGGUUGGCGUCCUAGGCGAACGAUUAUUUUUGCUAGCUGGGAUGCAGAAGAAUUUGGAUUAUUGGGUUCCACAGAAUGGGCUGAGGAGAACUCCAGAGUCCUGCAGGAACGGGCAGUAGCUUACAUCAACACGGAUUCUUCUAUAGAAGGUAACUACACAUUAAGAGUUGACUGCACCCCUCUUCUCUACAAACUGGUGUAUAAGCUGACUAAAGAGAUUUUAAGCCCUGAUGAGGGUUAUGAAAAUAAGUCCCUUUAUGAGAGCUGGCUUGACAAAGAUCCUGCAACUGAAAAUAAUAGCUUUCCCAGAAUAAACAAACUGGGGUCAGGCAGUGAUUUUGAAGCUUACUUUCAGCGGCUGGGAAUUGCAUCAGGCAGAGUCCGAUAUACCAAGAAUAGGAAAGCAGACAAAUUCAGCAAUUACCCUGUUUAUCACACUGUGUAUGAGACCUUUGAGUUAGUGGAAAAAUUUUAUGACCCCACCUUCAAGAAACAGCUAACAAUUGCCCAGUUACGAGGCAAACUGGUUUAUGAACUGGCAGAUUCCCAGGUCAUUCCAUUUGACUGCAGACAUUAUGGAGAAGCCUUAAAACAACAUAGCAAUAGGAUUUACAAACUGGCCAAGAAACACGAAGAACAGAUGAAACUGUACAAAGUAUCAUUUGAUUCUCUUUUUUCUGCUGUGGUGAACUUCUCAAAGGCUGCUGCUGAAUUUCACAGGAGACUUGAAGAAGUCAACAAGAAAGACCCCAUUGCAGUGCGAAUCAUGAACGAUCAGCUGAUGUUUCUGGAGCGAGCUUUCAUUGAUCCUCUUGGCUUACCAGGAAGGAAAUUCUACAGACACAUCAUCUUCGCUCCAAGCAGUCACAACAAGUAUGCUGGAGAGUCCUUCCCAGGGAUCUAUGAUGCCAUGUUUGAUAUUGAAAGCAAAGCAGCUCAACAGGAAGCCUGGGAAGAAGUGAAGAGGCAGAUUUCUGUUGCAGCCUUCACUGUGCAGGCAGCAGCAGGGACGUUGAAAGAGGUAGCAUAGGGUGAUGUCUUCUAAAAGCUCAGUCAAACAGCAGAGUUUGAAAUGCAGAGUCACCAAUCUACUGCAGUGACCCAGUCUCUCCUGACUGCCUGCUGUAUCUGAGUAUUCAACCUUCUCAAUGUAUGCAAGUCUGCUGGUAAGAUGAAGAUAAGCUACUCUACUCCUGAGCUAGAAAUUGGCUUCUCUGAUACCGACAAUACUGUAGCCUUAAGAACAACCCUAGAUGGAAGUAAAUUUGAGGGGGAAUGGGGAGAAUGUGGAGAAGGAAGAAUCAGUUCCCAAUCAGAGUUUUCUGAAAGCUCUGAAAAUUUUAGGAGCUGUGAUUCUGAAUGUACAACUACAAAAGCAGUUAUUAAGCUACUUGUAAACCUUGUCUGUAGCAGUGAUCAAUAGCACACAAUUCAAGAGAAAAUAUAAAACUCUCCUCAGCCCAGGCAUUUUUCUUGUUCUGAUAAUUACUUUUAUAAUAUAAGACACCAAAGGCAUCUGUAUUUCAGAAUCCAUUCUGCAGAACUGGUGAGUGCUUAUUACACUGACUGGCUUUGUUUUUUUAACUGAAAAAAAAAAUCAAAUACUGGCCCUCCUGCUGAUUGCUCAAGCAGUGUGAACAAGUAAUUAUGUGCAAAAAUCCAGAAGCAUUUUCUUGGAGAAUAAGCAUCCAUCUCUCUGAAAGUCCCUGUGCACCUCCCUCCUUUAUUUGAACUUUGCAAAGGAAAGAUUUUGGGAGUUAACCAGAGCCUGACUUCCCUGCUGCUGCUGGCACAUUCAGUAGCCUCAAACCCCUGGCAGCUUUUGUUCCUAUUUUCUUUUCACAGGAGAUCUCUUUCACACAGAUGAAAGCUAAGGGAGCUGAAGGACAUUGUCACUUAUUAGCAUUGAGCUUGAGGUUAUUCUGUCUUCAGAUAAGACCUGAAGAAAGUUUCCCAUCAGAAGCUACUUCCGUGUUUAAAGAGAAACUGAAAUGCAUGAGAAAAGUAUCUGUACAAAACUGUUUAAUUUGUUACAAAAUUGAUGAUUACUUAAUUUGCCCUUUAAAUGCACUUCUUAUCUACGUGCUUUAUGACUAAUAAAAUUGCUAGAAUUUUAUUAAAUCACA